AUGAGCGACAAUAAUCUAGCACCCACCGGAGAUGAUCAUGCCCGCUCAGAGAAGCUGGACAAUGGCUCCGCGCCGUCAGGUCCACAAGCAUUGAAUCCUCUCUCCGAUCGUGCAGCAGCUGAAUCUUCUGUUCCUCGUUCGGGCAAUGAACAAGUUUCUCCCAAUCCUCCAAACCCUCCCCACCGGACCCCAUCCGCGCAAUCCACGCCUGCUCGCGGCGAGACUGGGAGCUCGUCAGACAAGCCCGUAGCAGCUGCUCCUCAGCAGGACCAAGCAUCCCUUCGAGUCCCUUCGGCUCCACAGUCGGGCCAUCAACAGCCCUCCCCGACAAAUACCGCUCUCACAGGAGCAACAGCAAGCGGUACGGCUGAAAGCAUAGGAAAAGGAUCCAGGCUUAGCCUUCCGAGGCGGCGUGAUGGAAGCAAAGCCAGCAGUCAAAGGUCGCGACUUGGACAUAGGUCAAGCGGUGAGAAGGCUGCGCAAACAGCUUCACUGGACGCAGCAGCCGAAAAGACGAAUGAACCUCCCAAAAAGUCUGGCGUCGCUCGUUUAUUGAUGCUUCUGAAUUGCUGCAGUGUUCCGGAACAUGGGAAUACCGUCGACACGAGUGAAUCAGCCAUUCCCUCAAAACGCGUCACAAAGCUGCGGCCAACUCGAAGCAGACAGCCUACCCCUGUGAAUAAGCAGGAUCCAAGUGCAGCCGAGUCAAGCAUGGCAGAGUCGGGUGAUCCAAUCGAGGAGAAACUUGCUCCCCCAGCCUCGACAGACUCCACCUUCCCGGAAGCCGAAAGCCACGAGUCUAUGAAGCCCCUGACCGGAGAUGUUCCAACUGAAAAGUCAAAGUCCAAUCUCGAAGCCGAGGCGCCGGUACUUUUGAAUAAAGAGGUCAUUGUCGAGGAGCGCACGCCAGAACAGCAUCCCACGCCGUCACAAGAGCAGAAUGCUCAUCAUGAAUCAAGAGUGGGCGUGGUGUUACCUCCGGAAGCGUCAUCGUCAAAUGACGAAGUUGCUGUAGAAGAACCCAUUGCUGAAGCGUCAGAGGAAGAAAGACAUGACAUGGCCAUCUCGGACCGAACGCCCAAGCAAGCUCGAAGAGACAGCGAUAUUGAAAUGACAGAUGCGCCACCAGUAGCGGCAGCAGAAGCACCCCAUAUCCCUCCUCAUGCUCCUCCCACCGAUGAUCUUCCUGGGAAACAGUCUGUUCAAGCCCCUCUUCCGCCACCUCCCACAGUUGACCUCCCGCCACCACCUCCGUUGGCAGACCGCUCAGGCUUGCCUGUACCGUUUAUUGCGGACGCGCAGUCUGGUGACCGACUUCAAGACAAGCAGAAAUGGCUUCUGCCUCCGAUUUUGCCGGAGCACAAAGGCCGGAAAUGUCUCGUGCUGGACCUCGACGAAACUUUGGUGCACAGCAGUUUCAAGAUUCUCCACCAAGCCGAUUUUACCAUUCCAGUCGAGAUUGAGGGUCAAUAUCAUAAUGUCUACGUAAUCAAGAGACCGGGAGUCGAUCAAUUUAUGAAGCGCGUUGGGGAACUUUAUGAAGUCGUUGUCUUCACAGCUUCUGUCUCCAAGUACGGUGAUCCUCUCCUCGAUCAACUGGAUAUUCAUCACGUCGUGCAUCAUCGCCUUUUCCGUGAGAGCUGUUACAAUCAUCAAGGAAACUACGUCAAGGACCUUUCCCAAGUUGGCCGAGACCUCCGUGAAACAAUAAUUAUCGAUAAUUCUCCAACUUCAUACAUCUUUCACCCUCAGCAUGCGGUACCUAUCAGCAGCUGGUUUUCGGACGCCCACGACAAUGAACUACUCGACCUUAUUCCGGUCUUGGAAGACCUAGCAGGGCCCCAAGUCAGAGACGUCAGUCUAGUGCUUGACGUGGGUCUUUGA